AUGCGUCCUCUCCACAUUCACAGGUUUAUCAACGCUGCCAUCUUUACUUCAGCCGUUAUCUGCCUUUCCAAUAUAUCAACUGCAGUAUGCAGUUCGGAUGGCCAAUCUCCAAUUCGUGGCAUACCGUCUUGCGCUCAGCCCUGUGUGGAGAAGUUCGUAACCUCAGAAUACCCAUCCAAUUCAUGCAGUGGUCUAGGAGACAUUGAUUGUCUUUGCCGGACGAAUACCACAAGUGGCCUCACUCUCGGUGAAGCAACUCUGAGUUGUACUAUAUCGUUCUGCUCCUUGGACGUUGUGUCGAGUUCCAACGUCUAUGAAAUUUGCAACUCCGUAUCUGGGGCCCUUCCCGAAACACAUCCAACGAUUACUGCGACAAUCCUGCAAACGACAUCUACGUUCAUCCCAGCAAGCAGUACGCAGACGUCAACUUCGAACACAGCGUAUUCGACGCCUUCAGCUUCCAAAACUACGCUCGUUACCAGUCCGUCCAGUACGCGCCCUGUUACCACCUCCCAAUCGUCUCCAUCAACGUCAUGGACUACUUCAAUAAAGAGCAGUGCCUCUCAAUCAGCCCAUUCCUCCCCGUCACCAUCAGCCACGCAAUCAGCCUCUUCCCUGAGCACGCCGGCCGUCGUUGGAGUAUCUGUUUCUACCGGGAUCUCGGCUCUAUUUCUGGCAGGUGUCUUCUUUUACUUCUGUGUAAGGAAAAUAAGGCGCGGGAAGAGUGAGACUUUUGAGAUAGGGGGUAGCAUGGCUGAGCCUCCUGAUUUUGCUCCAUCGACUCCACGGAACCCGCCACCAAAUCCUGGACAGAACGCGGGCGAAAACACAGUCAAGCCGACUUUUCACAAUUUUCCAUUAGAGCCGGUGACUCGUGGCGGUCCGUUGAUUACUGUCACAAAACAGGCCGCUGGUCCCGCGCCAACAGGUGAAGCAAUUGGAAUCGCCAUAACCCCGGAAACGGAGCGUGGCGGUUCUCCAGAAAGCCAGUCAUCGCAGCGCACGCUGUCCCAGCUACUUCCUGAUAAGCCCGAUUAUGCACUCUAUCCGGAGCCGCUGCGCCUAAGUCGUCAAGGCGUACGGCCAACGAGUGGAGGAACAGCCUUCGAAGAAGAUAGUGGGCGACGAAGAAGCAUUUUCGGUCCCCUGCUCGAAGUAGCGCGGAACCAGCCCACAAGAGCAGAUAAACUGACAGGUCAACAAUUUCCGCGAAAAGGUAACGGCAGGCCGUAUCCAGGACUUCCGUCAGAUCCUCGUGCAUUGAUAUAUGCGGCUGAAAGGACACAAAAUCAAAAACCGCAUCCAGGAGGCCAAAUGGUUCAGUUGCCUGUACAGCAGAACAAGUCAUCCGACGCCAAUGGAGGUCGUCAUCAUGGACCAUCGCGCGGCGACACAGACUGGCCCCUGAAUGACAGAAACCGACGAAGUUUCGGACGAGGGCUGUCUCGUCUUGGAGGGCGUCGCUCGUCUUUGAAUCGGCGUUCGAAUAGUCGCAAUUCCGAGUGUUCGGAUACCAGCUUUGAAAGCAUUGACACCGAAGAUGACGAUGGAACGCCUGACUGGAAUCUUCCGCCCGCAAAGCCACUGAGUCCAGUCAGAGAGAAUUCGGCUCCUUUGGACGCGACUCAAGUGACUGGAUUGUCAUUGCUGUAUCCGACUGGAAAUUCGCCGGUAAAGUAUCCCAAAAUGCCGCGUUCCGCCUCUGUCAGUAGGGAUGCGGAGGUCAUACCGGUCCCUAGAGCGGCGAAACUCCAUGAGAGGAUGAAUCCGCCGAUGCGGGGUGGCAACGAGGCUACUGCGGCAGCUUCUCGAGGCCGCCCAUCAGAGCAAGGGAUUAACCAAAUCCCUAUUUUCUUGAGCGAGACAUCCCGAUCGCGCUCUAGUAGCCCUGCAAGCAGUCUCCUGGCGAAACGGCGUGGGGAUGCAAUAGCAGAAAAGAUGGAGACCGAAUUCAGAAAUGGAAGUCAGCGCGAUCUCACUGCCAACUAUGAGGGAAGACGGCCGAAAUGGAGGGUCGUCAAAGAAGUCGUUAACACCGAUGAGGGAAGGCAUCAAAAGCGAGGGGUCAACACAGAUAUGUCCAGGACCCCUCCCAAUCGAGGACAACCGGAGUCACCUCGAGAGCACAAUAUCACACCGUCGAGAAGAGGUGCAGACCUCUUUCUCAGCGUGGAUUGA